CAAAGAAGAGGCAUGAAGAGCACAUGUCUGCGGGCUGCUGCUCUGCUGCUGUCACUCAUCUCUCUGGUUACCAGUGCUGAUUCACCAAGUUCAGAAAACUCCGGCUUGAGAGAGAGCUCUAAAGCCAAAGUGAAAACCUACUGGACUGAAAGCAGCAAGGCCUUCUCCAUCAGCCGCCUGCUGUCCCAGACGCUCUAUGACAAAGAGAACUUCACCUCCCUGGAUCUGAACUAUGACGGCGACACAGACACUUACUCCAAACGGGAGCAGUGGAACUGGCUUUACAACGUUUCAACCCCCCGAGAUCCUCGAUCCAGGACGAAGAGGAGACCCAUCGUCAAGACUGGAAAGUUCAAGAAGAUGUUCGGCUGGGGCGACUUCCACUCCAACAUCAAGACGGUGAAGCUCAACCUCCUCAUAACUGGGAAAAUCGUGGAUCAUGGCAACGGGACAUUCAGUGUCUACUUCCGCCACAACUCCACCGGGCAGGGUAACGUGUCCGUGGGUCUUGUGCCGCCGACAAAAGCCGUGGAGUUCCAGGUCCACCAGCCGCACCAGCAGUUCCACCACCAUCACCAGCAGCAGCAGCAGCAGCAGACGGCUCUCGAGACGAAGGACACCAAGCUCUUCAACUGCAGGGUGGAGUACGAGAAGGUGGAGAAGGGCACCAGGAACUCGCUGUGUGCCCACGACCCGUCGCAGAGCUGCCCACAGGAGCAGACGCAGAGCCACGUGUCCUGGCUGUGCUCCAAGCCCUUCAAAGUCAUCUGCAUCUUCAUCACCUUCUACAGCACCGACUACAAGCUGGUGCAGAAGGUUUGUCCUGACUACAACUACCACAGCGACACCCCUUACCUCCCCACUGGGUGAUCACACGGCCCAGACGAGGAAGUGGAGGGGAAAAAAAGACGCAGAGACGAGCUUUCGGGUCCAGAGUCAGAUUAUUUGAAUGAAAACGAAGUCAGGACGCUUCAAACUUGAGAUGUUGACAGGCAUUUUUACAGCUAACAUAACCUUGACGCAAGACUGGUGUUGCUCCGAUGAACAGACCAACCCUGGGGUCAUUAUGAGAGCAUUUAGGGAAGCAUUUAUAGGCCUGCAAUCUUCAUAUUAUAUGCAUAGCUGCCUGCCUGCUUACAUCGAAAGGAAAUUCUCAAGCCAACCGUAAAAUAUGCUGAUUGUAUUUAUGUAAAUAUUAUGGAUUCUACACAAAGACCAGAAAACAGUUUUAUUAAUGUUUUCUCCUGCUAAUUUAGUUGUUUACGUUGAUAGUGUGUUUCCGUCUCAAUCAUGCUUUCUGUCUUUUCCAAUCAGUCUCCAGUAAUCACCGCAAACACGUAAAUGUCAACGCAAAUAAGAAGAAUCUGUCAGUUUGCAUUAGAGGGCAUAAUGGGAAAAGCAAACAUAUUUUGAGUGGUGUUGUUUUCCUGCAGUGUGAUUGUUAGAGUGAGUAUACCUCUGAUGUCGUCGUUGGAUUCUCGUCCAUGUCCGUGCAUGAACCGAAUGUGGUAAACAACUGAAUAACGUCCAUCUAUAUUUUGUGUUAUUGCAGCUGUCAGAAAUGAUCUCCAUCAAGCCCCAGGAGGAAAAAGAAAAAAAAAGGGGUCCCUCUGUUUAAAGUCUGUGUCGUGUGUUUGCAGUUUUAAGGCCAUAGGUGACGCAAAGUAAUCAACACCAAUGGAGGGCUUUCAUCACGUCAAACUUCAGCGAGUAAAUGUUUCAAAAAAUAAAUAAAAACUUGCAGAAGACGCACAAGAUGACAAGAGAUGCUGAAC